UUUAUCAACUAGUAGGACUUUUGUAGCGGUAAGAUUCACUCGAGCGACACGGUUCUUGAUGACCAUUCUCACCAAUCCAUCUUCUCCCGUCUUCUCCAAGGCAUUAGAGAUCAAGAAUUACCUCAGCAAUGGCGUCAACUGCUUCAAGCAGCUCAAGCAUAUCCAUGGCCGCCUUCUCCGUCUCGACCUCGACCAAGACAACUACCUUCUCAACACGAUUCUUUGCUGCGGCUUAGAUUUUGGUUGCACAAAUUACACUAAACUCGUAUUUGCUCAAGCCAAAGAGCCCAAUAUUUUCCUCUGGAAUACGAUGAUUCAUCGCUUGGUUUCCAAUGAUUGCUUCGAUGAGGCUAUCGACCUUUAUGGGUCGAUGCGUGGACAAGGAUUUUUACCCAACAAUUUCACUUUCCCUUUUAUUUUGAAAGCAUGUGCUAGGAAAUUGGAUAUUCGAUUGGGACUGAAGAUUCACACCCUCGUGGUGAAAGCAGGUUUUGAUAAUGAUGUGUUUGUUAAGACCAGCUUGCUUUCUCUGUAUGCUAAGUGUGAUAAUCUUGACAAUGCACUCAUGGUGUUCGAUGAUAUUCCUGACAAAAAUGUGGUGUCUUGGACUGCUAUAAUCACUGCAUAUAUAGGCUCUGGUCAGUUUAGAGAAGCUAUUGAUGCAUUUAAAAAGCUACUUGAAAUGGGAUUAAAGGCUGAUAGCUUCUCUCUUGUCAAAGUCCUGUCUGCCUGUGCUCAGCUUGGGGAUUUCACUAGUGGUGAGUGGAUUGAUAGGUAUAUAAGUGAUAGUGGUAUGAGAAGAAAUGUUUUUGUGGCUACUUCUUUGUUGGAUAUGUAUGUCAAAUGUGGAAACAUGGAGCGAGCAAAUCUUAUCUUUAAUGCCAUGUCAGAGAAAGAUAUUGUUUCUUGGAGUACCAUGAUUCAAGGCUAUGCAUUCAAUGGAUUACCUAAACAAGCGCUAGAUCUUUUCUUUCAAAUGCAGUCUGAGAAUUUGAAGCCUGAUUGUUAUGCGAUGGUUGGUAUUCUGUCUGCUUGUGCAAAACUAGGAGCUUUAGAUUUAGGCAUCUGGGUCAGCAGCCUGAUGGAUAGACAUGAGUUCUUGUCAAAUCCCGUCCUCGGUACAGCUUUAAUUGACAUGUACUCCAAAUGCGGUAGUGUCACUCGAGCUUGGGAAAUCUUCAAAGCGAUGGAAAAUAAAGACCAUGUAGUUUGGAAUGCUAUGAUGGUUGGACUGUCCAUGAACGGGCAUGCUAAAGCUGUAUUUUCUUUGUUUGGUCUUGUGGAGAAACAUGGAAUUCAGCCUGAUGGAAACACCUUUAUGGGCCUGCUCUGUGGGUGCACUCAUGGUGGUUUUGUCAAAGAGGGGCGUCGAUAUUUCAAUAACAUGAAGCGGGUAUUCUCAAUAACUCCUUCGAUCGAGCAUUAUGGAUGUAUGGUGGAUUUGCUUGGGCGUGCAGGGUUAUUAGAUGAGGCUCAUCGGUUGAUAAACAGCAUGCCAAUGAAGCCUAAUGCUGUUGUUUGGGGUGCAUUGUUGGGUGGAUGUAGAUUGCACAAAGAUACCCACUUGGCUGAACAAGUACUGAAAAAGCUUAUUGAAUUGGAGCCAUGGAACUCAGGAAACUAUGUUCUGUUAUCAAAUAUCUACUCUGCAAGUCAUCGAUGGGAGGAAGCCGAAAAGAUACGGUCGACGAUGAAGGAGCAGCGGAUUCAGAAGAUCCGUGGCUGCAGUUGGAUUGAGAUCAAUGGAAUCGUUCAUGAGUUUUUAGUAGGAGAUAAAUCACACUCAUUAUCGGAGAAAAUAUAUGCAAAACUUGAUGUACUGGGUAGAGAAUUGAAAGCGGCUGGUCAUGUACCAACUACAGAGUUUGUUCUUUUUGACAUAGAAGAGGAAGAGAAGGAACAUUUCCUUGGUUGCCACAGUGAGAAACUAGCUGUGGCUUUUGGUUUGAUAAGCUCUCCUCCGAAUCAGGUUAUUCGUGUUGUUAAAAACCUUCGUGUAUGUGGUGAUUGUCACGGGGCCAUAAAGCUCAUUUCGAAGAUCACUCAAAGAGAGAUAAUCAUAAGGGAUACUAAUCGAUUCCAUACAUUUAUUGAUGGUUCUUGUUCUUGUAAAGAUUAUUGGUGAAAUUUGUAACUCUAAAUUUAUCAAUACGCAAUUUUGUAGGAAAUGGACGAGUUAUUUUGCCAAAAGUGACCAUAAUUCAAUGGCAA